AUGAACAAAGUUAUCUGUCUUCUUUCACUAUUGUUGGCUACUUCUUAUGCACUUUACGAUUCACGAUCGAAAGUGUAGCUCCUUACACCUUAAACAUUCAGAGAGAAGGUGUUAAAUUCAAAAUCUCUUUGGAUAGUUGAAUUCUUUGCUCCAUGGUGUGGUCAUUGCAAAGCACUAGCCCCAGAAUAUGAAAAGGCAGCAAAGGCUCUAGAAGGAAUAGUGAAUAUUGCUGCAGUUGAUGCAGAUGCUCACAAGGACCUGGGAGGACAGUAUGGUAUUUAAGGAUUCCCUACAAUCAAAUUUUUUGGAGAAAACAAAAAUUCACCUUCUGAUUACCAAGGAGAAAGAUCAGCCCAAGGAAUAAUCAACUUUGCAUUAGAAUAAGUCAAAUCGGUAUUAUUCUAUUUUAUUUUUAAAGACUGUAAAUAGUAGAUAAAAAGGAUCGUCAUCAAAUAGAAAUUAAUAAAAACAAUCAUCUGGUUCAGCAUCUGGAUCUGGAUCAGCUGAUGAUGUUAUUGUUCUUACUGAUUCAACAUUUGAUGAAAAUGUUCUUAAAUCUAAGGAUUCUUGGUUUGUUGAAUUCUAUGCACCUUGGUGUGGUCACUGUAAGAAACUAGAACCUGAAUGGAAUAAAGUAGGAUCAGAUCUUAAGGGAAAAGUCAAAGUGGCUAAGGUAGAUGCCACAGCUAACACUUAAUUAGCCACUCGUUUUGGAGUCUCAGGAUAUCCAACUUUGAAAUUCUUCCCUGCAGGUUUCUCCAAUGAUUCAGAGGUAAUCCCUUAUGAUGGUGCCAGAGAUUCCUCUGCAAUGAUAGAAUUUGCUUUAGAAUAAUCUAAUAAGUCAAAGAAGGUUGAAGUAGUGGAAUUACUAUCAAAGGAUAUCUUAAAAGAAAAUUGCCUUGAUUACAAUGGUAUUUCUCAAUAUUAUCUAGGUGUCUGCAUAAUUGCUUUUCUUCCUCACAUUUAUGAUAGUAAUAAAUAAGAAAGAAAUUAAUACAUCAAUUAAUUAUUAGAGGUUGCUAAAUCACUGAAAAACAAGCCAGUGAAUUUUUUGUGGACUUAAGGAGGAGAUAACUACGAAUUUGAAGAAGCAUUCUAAAGCGCUGCUGCACAUCCUUCAGUGAUGGCUUUAAGCGGCAGAAAGUCUGUUUAUGCUAAACUUAAAGGAGCAUUCAGUAAAUAAAAUAUUGAAUAGUAAUUAUAAAUAUAUUUAUUUAGAUUUGUGAAUAAUGUAUUAAACGGAAGAGAGCACUUCAAUCAGUAUUCUCAACUUCCUAAUUUUAAAAAAGUUGAAAAAUGGGAUGGAUAGGACCAUAAACCAGUUUAUAAUGAUGAAUUUUGA